AUGUCUCGAUCUUGGUUUCUUGUAGAGUGCUCUGCGCUUUUAAUUCUCUUGCUUGUCAACCUUUCUUCAUCCUCAGUAUUGGCUUCCACUUUUUACCUUUCACCUAGUGGAAGUGACUCCAACAAUGGCCAAUCUGUUUCCACACCAUGGAUGACCUUUAACAAAGCAUUUACCACCAUGAAAGGCGGAGAUGAACUCGUCCUUUUGGAUGGAACCUAUUCUGUCGCUGCUGGUACUGGAAUCAUCAAUUGGCAAGGCUCCAAUUCGGCACAACCUCCCUCAGGAACAAGUUUGAAUGCACCUACCUCAUUCGUGCUCAAAAUCCUGGAAAAGUGA